GCUUGUGUAACCACCUGAUGCCACAGGACCACUGGUAACCAAAUCUGCUCAUGUUUCCACCUCACUGCUGGUCGAGUUUUGCAUGAAAUGACAUGAAAAAGUGAGAGAAAUUUCCACAAAUGUUCCCAACAUACAACAUAAAUUCCCAAACAGAGUUGGUUGUGGGAUGAAGAGAGCGAUUAAAUGGUGUGGCUAAAGAGUGCUGUCCCCUUCAUUGGGAUUCUCUUUUUGUUUCAGAGGACCACUGCUCAGCUGAUUUCUCAGCAGUACCACCUCAUCAAUGUCUCCCUGACCUGGUAUGACGCUCAGAGCUUUUGCAGAGUAAAGUACACCGACCUGGCCACAGUGAACAACAUGGACGACAAGAACAAGUUGGUCAACACGCUGGGCAGUAAUGUUACAUACUGCUGGAUUGGGCUUCAGAAAGGAAAGACUCACAGGUGGAUGUGGUCCGAUGGCAGAGGCACAGCGCAGUUCACCCCAUGGGCUGUCGGUGAACCGGACAACGCCGGAGGCAAUGAAUGGUGUGGAGAAAUGUUUCAAAAUGGCCGCUGGAAUGACGCACAGUGUGGAGGUGAUAGCGUUUAUGUGUGUUAUGAACGUGAGUAAAUGACAUACAGUCUGAUUUUGUCACGCAUGUAAAGUGAUAAAAAUAUGUUUUAAAAACAUAGUGAAUAAAAUCCAGAUAUAACAAUAUUGAAACAAAAGGAUUGGAUGCUGCUUUCAGUCCAUUGAUAGUCUUUAUGGGCCUAACACUAGAAGACAAAGUUAUUAAAAUGUU